CCCAUUAAAACAUAUCAACCACCAUCCAUAUAUUCUCUCUCCAUCUCCAACCAAUCUUCAUAUUCCCAGCAAAACCACGAUGUCUGAAGGCGGCGGCCACCACCAUCACCACCACCACCACGACAACCAAGAAAAUCCGACUGGCGAGAUUGAUUACAGGAAGGAAGAGAAGCACCACAAGCAUCUGGAACAGCUGGGAGAGGUCGGAGCUAUUGCUGCUGGUGCCUUCGCAUUGCAUGAGAAGCAUAAGGCGAAGAAAGACCCAGAAAAUGCACAUAGGCACAAGAUAGAGGAGGAAAUUGCAGCAACUGUGGCUGUGGGAGCUGGUGGAUAUGCGUUUCAUGAGCAUCACAUGAAGAAAGAAGCAAAGAAAGAAGAUGAUGAAGGUGGUCAUGGAAAGAAGCAUCACGGCUUCUUUCAUUGAUUUUAAACUUAAAUUAAUCGCUGAAGAAUAAUAUUAUGGAUUUGGAAAGUCGUUUAUUAUCUUCUUUUUGGAUCUCUUCUUCCAUACCACACACACAUGCUUGUACUCUUCCUACUGCAUUACUCGUAAAUAAAUUCUCUGAAGCCGAGAUUCAUGAAUUUC